AUGCGCCAACUCAGCUAUUUUCACCUUCUUUUGCUUUUCGCCCUCCUGAACCGGUCGAUAAAAUUAACAAGGAGCUUUAGCUUCUACCACAACUUGGAUCACUCGAGCGCCCCCACGUACCUGAAGAAGAAGCCCAACAUGGUUUACGACCUCAUAGUCAUUGGAGGCGGCAGUGGCGGCAUGGCCGCUGCGAGGCGAGCAGCGAAGAACAAGGCGAAAGUUGCGCUUGUGGAGAAGUCCUACUUGGGAGGCACCUGCGUGAAUGUCGGCUGCGUGCCAAAGAAGAUAAUGUUCAACGCUGCGUCGAUCCACGAUAUCCUGGACAAUUCGAGACACUACGGAUUCGACACGCAGUUCACCUUCAACCUGCCGCUACUUGUCGAAAGGAGGGAUAAGUACAUACGAAGACUGAACGAUAUUUAUAGGCAAAAUUUGAAGAAGGACAACGUGGAGUAUUUUGAAGGUAAGGCUAGCCUCCUCAGCGAAAAUAAAGUUUUAAUAAAAAAGGUAAGGAAGGAAGGUCACGUCGACGAGGAAGAUGAAGAGGAAUACGUGCCGGAUGACGAUGAGGAGGACGACGAAGUGAUCGAAGGAAAGAACAUCCUCAUUGCAGUCGGCAAUAAACCAAUAUUCCCCAACGUGAAAGGAAUAGAACAUACCAUUUCGAGUGAUGAUUUUUUUAAAAUAAAGGAAGCCAAAAGGAUAGGAAUUGUAGGAAGUGGCUACAUAGCAGUGGAGCUCAUUAACGUGGUUAGGAGGUUAGGAAUCGAGUCGUACAUAUUUGCUAGAGGAAAUAGACUCCUCCGAAAAUUCGACGAAACGGUUAUUAACGAAUUAGAAAAUGACAUGAAAAAGAAUAACAUCAAUAUUAUUACCCAUGCAAAUGUAGAAGAAAUCGAAAAAGUGAAAGAAAAAAAUUUAACUAUUUAUUUGGCAGACGGUAGGAAGUAUGAGCACUUCGAUUAUGUCAUUUACUGUGUUGGUCGAUCGCCAAAUACAGAGGACCUAAAUUUGGAGGCACUCAACAUAAAGACAGAGAAGAACUACAUUCUCGUGGAUGAUAACCAGAGGACAAAUGUUAAACACAUUUAUGCCGUAGGUGAUUGUGCUAUGGUGAAAAAACAACAAGAAAUUGAAGAUCUGAAUUUACUCAAACUUUACAAUGAAGACGCCUACAUAAACAAAAAGAAAAACACCUCUGGAGAUGUAUACUAUAAUGUGCAACUAACCCCAGUUGCAAUCAACGCUGGAAGGUUACUAGCCGAUAGACUCUUCCUUAACAGGUCCAGAAAAACCAACUAUAAGUUAAUACCUACUGUUAUCUUUUCUCAUCCCCCAAUUGGAACUAUAGGAUAUUCAGAACAGGAAGCUAUUGAUAUAUAUGGAAAGGAGAAUGUGAAAGUUUACGAGUCCAGAUUUACAAACUUAUUCUUCUCAGUAUACGAUAUGGACCCUGCACAGAAGGAGAAGACUUACCUCAAGUUGGUUUGCGUUGGCAAGGAAGAAUUAAUUAAGGGCCUUCAUAUUGUCGGACUCAAUGCCGAUGAAAUUGUACAAGGCUUUGCCGUUGCCUUGAAGAUGAAUGCCACGAAGAAGGACUUCGAUGAGACCAUACCUAUACACCCCACGGCUGCGGAAGAGUUCGUCACCAUGCAUCCCUGGAUGAAGUGA